UCUUUUCCAAUUUCCUCUCUAGAUUUUCCAUUUUCAUCUCAUUCCUUGCUUUACUAUCUUCGUUUCCUUCGCUUUAGCUUUGAUGUUUUCCAUCUUCUGUAGCCUAUCUUUGAUAUCUUUUGUUUUUCCUUUUAUUUUUGUUUUUCUCCUCUGUCUAAUAUACCUAAAAGUUAUUCUGUUUGAUUUUUAUCACUUUUUUUUUAUGCUCAAUUGGUUUUUAAGUAAAUCAAGGCAGAUCUUUAUGCUAUAUGUUAUUUAUGCUUCCAGAUUAAGAACAAUUUGUUGAUAAGUUAUGAUGGUUGAGACUUUCAUUUGACAUCCUUUUAAAGCGCAAGCUUUUUAGUUUUCAAUUCAGCUUUUACCAUAACUCUGGUAGAGGAUGGGAGAUCAUUUGGUGUUGCUGGUGGACCGGCUGCUAACUGAAUCCACCCUUGAAGCUGCUAAAAACCAAUCACAACAAGGCAUUACCCCAGAAAGCAAAGUUGAUAUAAUCAAAUUUUCGUCUCAUAGGAUGGAAGGGAAUGUUGGUUCAUCUCCAAGUAAAUUGGUGGAGUGUAGGAUUUGUCACGACGAGGAGGAAGAUUUGAACAUGGAGAUACCAUGUUCUUGCAGGGGCAGCUUGAAGUAUGCUCACCGCAAAUGUGUUCAAAGGUGGUGCGACGAAAAGGGUGACACAAUCUGUGAGAUUUGCCGACAGCAAUAUAAGCCUGGUUAUCUAGCACCAUCACCUACUUUAUUUCGUUACGGAGGCUUUCCUAUGAACUUCAGAGGAAACUGGGGAAUUUCCGGGAGAGACUUGCCAGCUUCUCAGUUUAUAGCAAUGGUUACUCCUGAUCAUGAUUUUCUGGAGUCAGAUUUCGAUGAUUACUUGGCUCCCAAUUCUCGAAGUGUGGUUUGUUGCCGUGUAGUUGCUAUAAUUUUCACAGUUCUAGUGGUUCUGAGGCACGCUCUACCGAUCAUCAUCAGUGGAGCUGAAGACUAUUCUUUGACAUUGUCUACUUUAGUAUUGUUAAGCACCAUUGCGAUUUUGUUGCCUAUAUAUAUCAUGGUUAAGGCAUUCUCUGCUGCUAUCCAACGUCGUCGUCGACAGCAUCAGGAGCCUCGUUUUUCCCUGGCUGCUUCAGAUGAAGAAAGUGAUUUACCGCAACUGGAGCAGCAGCAGCAGCAGCAGCAACAGACACGGUUGCGAUCUGUUCGUGUACAUUAAUCUAGUCGAUAUUGAAUCAUAUGAAUGGAAGAAGUGAACAUUCACUACUCAAAUUGUAUUUCCGGCAAGCAGGAAACAUAUCCGAUGAUGGUUCGACUUCUACAGCUUCUAUCAUUAUCAAAAUCAUGAAUCUGAGAUCAACAAAAGGACGUUCAUGUUUCAUCAGAACACGAAGUUUACUGCUAAUAAUGUGUACAGUCAUGAAAAUAGCAGCAAUUGUAUAUAUAACACAAUGCUUGUAAAUGUGGACGAUCCAUUUAUCAUUUAUGAAACAGUAUGUAUCCCUUAAGGGCUUGUGCAAUGUUAAAUAAUCAGCUUUUACCUUUAAA